GAGGAAGUGUAGGCCACAGGCUAGACCCAGAGAGCCAGGAGGAGGAGACUUACUAAGCCGAGAGAAGCGGGGGUGGGGCCUUCCCCAAAGGCAGCUUCUGGGGACUCCUGGGCCCACAGCCGAGAAACAGAGUGGCUGGAGGUGAGGGAGAGGCUACCUCGGCCUGGGCCUGGCUGGGUGAGGCCCUCCACCACCCACUCCCUGGACCGCUAACAGCCAUGGCCGCGGCCCAGCAGCUGCGGGCUGAGAGCGACUUUGAACAGCUUCCAGAUGACAUCGCCAUCUCGGCCAACAUCGCCGACAUCGAGGAGAAAAGAGGCUUCACCAGCUACUUUGUUUUUGUCAUCGAGGUGAAGACGAAAGGGGGAUCCAAGUAUCUCAUCUACCGCCGCUACCGCCAGUUCUAUGCCCUGCAGAGCAAGCUGGAGGAGCGCUUCGGGCAGGACAACAAGACCAGCCCCUUCACCUGCAGCCUGCCCACCCUCCCAGCCAAAGUCUACAUGGGUGUGAAACAGGAGAUUGCGGAGAUGCGGAUCCCUGCCCUCAAUGCCUACAUGAAGAGCCUCCUCGGCCUGCCCAUCUGGGUGCUGAUGGACGAGGACGUCCGCAUCUUCUUCUACCAGUCGCCCUAUGACUCGGAGCAGGUGCCCCAGGCGCUCCGCCGGCUCCGCCCGCGCACCCGGAAAGUCAAGACUGAGUCCCCACCCGGAGCUGGCUUGGACCGCAUGGCAGCCCCACGAGCAGAGGCCCUGUUUGACUUCACUGGGAACAGCAAACUGGAGCUGAAUUUCAAAGCUGGAGAUGUGAUCAUCCUUCUCAGUCGGAUCAAUAAAGACUGGCUGGAGGGCACCGUCCGGGGAGCCACGGGCAUCUUCCCGCUGUCCUUCGUGAAGAUCCUCAAGGACUUCCCCGAGGAGGAAGACCCCACCAACUGGCUGCGUUGCUACUACUACGAGGACACCAUCAGCACCACCAAGGACAUUGCGGUGGAGGAAGACCUCAGCAGCACUCCGUUACUGAAAGACCUGAUGGAGCUCAUGAGGCGUGAGUUCCAGAGGGAGGACAUUGCCCUGAAUUACCGGGAUGCUGAGGGAGAUCUGGUUCGGCUGCUAUCGAACGAGGAUGUGGCACUCAUGGUGAGGCAGGCCCGAGGGCUCCCCACCCAGAAGCAUCUCUUUCCCUGGAAGCUGCACAUCACCCAGAAGGACGACUACGGGGUCUAUAACACGGUGCCCUGAGCUGAUGGUGUCCCUGGGGGCAGUGAGGGGACACCUGGGCGAGAGCUUCAGAGGAGAGAAGGACCAGGGAAGGCUGGGAGGGCGGACAGACCUCCUGGUUCUGAUCGGACGGACCCCCGCCGGGCUUGGCUUGUCCUCUGUCUGCCUCUGCACUCGGUCUCUGAAUUAAAUAAACUGAUUCAUCUCAAAGGA